AUGGAUGUUCAGUAUGUUUAUACUAAAAAACGACAUCAACUUGGACAGCCGACGAACUUCACUGAUCGGCCGACGGACAUCCUCGCUGAAAUUGUUCCCAAUUUGAAACUAUUAGAAAACUUUAUCUAUCGAAACCCGGUUGAUACCGCUGUACAGAAUUCCAUUCAAUUAUCUGAACAUGAAGUCAAUACUGUUUGUUACAAUACGGAGUCGAAAGGUAUCAAUCACACGGAAGGUGGCUGGCCAAAAGAUGUCAAUAUGCAGGAACAAGAUCAAGUGAAUCGUUUUCGGAAGAAAAUUGAAAAGGAUGAGUCGUAUUUAACUUCACUAUCUUAUCUAAUUCAAAGUCUUGAAAUCGAUCUGCAACAAAAUAAUGCAAUUGAUAUUCACCAGACUUACUUUCAAAAUAAACUUAGCAAUUACGACGAACCGUUCAAUGUAAAGACAGUCAAUUUGUACAAUCAUCAGUCGAAUCUCAAUCAGAUGGUGAAUCAUAUGUCUUGGCAACCGGAUGGACAACGAAAAAUUGCUGUUUCGUAUUCGAAUCUCGAGUUUAAUCCUAUCCAAACAAAUCCAAUCGAUUCACUUGUUUGGGAUAUUGAAGACGCCAAUAAGCCGGAAACUAUUCUAAAAUCCAACUCAUCAUUGACUACAGUUGAGUUCAAUCCUAAAGAUACAAAUCAAAUCCUAGCUGGCUGUACGAAUGGUCAAGUCUGUAUAUUCGAUCUACGUAAGGGAUCAAGUCCUGCCGAACAAUCACUACGUGAAUUCAGUCAUCAUGCUACCGUCCGAAACGCCUUGUGGUUACAAUCGAAAACUGGUACUGAGUUUUUCUCAGCUUCAGUCGAUGGAAAAAUCUAUUGGUGGGACACGAAGAAACUAACCGAACCUGUUGAUAAGCUUCUAUUAGAUGUAGAGAAAAAAGAUCGCUCUCAAUACGCAUUAGCGAUUACUAAACUGGAAUAUGAUUUGAAUAUCCCAACGAAAUUUAUGGUCGGGACAGAAACAGGUCGUAUUGUUCUCUGUACACGAAAAGUCAAAGGUGACGCGGAAAGAAUCAAUGUCGUCUAUCCGGGACAUGACGGACCAAUCUAUUCGAUUCAACGGCAUCCUUUUUUCAACAAGAUAUUCUUAUCUGUUGGUGAUUGGACUCAGCGUAUUUGGUCUGAAGAAAUACGUGACGAUUAUAUUCUUUGUACGAAACCAGGUAAACACUAUUUAACCGAUGCUCAAUGGUCUCCGGGAAGGCCGGGUGUUCUUAUUUCAUCGAAUACCGAAGGAUCUAUUCAAAUCUGGGAUUUACUAUUCAAACAAGACGAACCCACACUGAUAGUGAAAUUGAGUGAAGAAGCCAUCUCUUGUUUACGUUUCCAAGAUCAAGGUCGUCAUCUUGCAUGCGGUACGAAACAUGGUGACGUCAUAUUGAUCGAACUAUCUGAUAGUCUUUGCAUGCUUGAUCGAAACGAAAAACAUCUCGUCGCUUCUAUGUUCGAUCGAGAAACACGACGAACUCGUUUACUCGAAACGCGAUCGCGUCUAAAAUAUGAACAACAAACUCGAACGAUGCCUAGUCGUUCAACUGAAGAAGUCGAACACGAACUCAAACAAUCCACUGAUCAGUUCUGGUCGAUCAUCAACAAAGAAAAAGAAAGACUCAUCGAAUAUUCAAAAGAAUUCACACACAAAACCUGA